CAUAUACAUAUAAUUUUCACAUAGAAGAAUUCCACAUUAAAGAAUUUUAAAAUAAACAAUAUAAAAUCAUCCUUAUAAUUUUGGCUUUUGCUUCGCGAAAUAUUUGUGAGAUGUAAGCACACGCCUGUGAGUGGUUGAGUGCAGUUUUUGGUCUAGAUUUGCCCAACUGUGUUCGUCGACUGCUAAAGCAGUCAAACGAUGAAUUUUCAAUUCAAUUCGAUCAAUUAGACACACAAGCCAUCUUAGGAAGGUCGAUUUGAAGGGAUUCGAUUUGUAGGAGCUACUACAAUGCUCUCGACUACAAUGCCCCGCAGUCCCCCUCAAGCACAGCCGCAACAAAACUCCGAUGCCUCAACAAGUUCAUCUGGGUCGAAUCCUGGAGUUGGGAUUGGAAAUGGGAUCUCGGCCACCAACAUAAGUUCUCCAAAGAACCUUAAAAACGAACUCUUUUCUACUAUGUCGCCGGAUCAAAUAAAAGUGACACCAGACGAAGGCACAGAGAAAAGCGGACUAUCAACUAGUGAUAAAGCUGCACCUGGAGGAGUCGCAGUCGGAGGAGGCGGAAAUAUUUCGUCUGAGGGACCAACUAUGCUAAGGCAGAACUCUUCGAGUAGCAUCAACUCGUGCCUAGUCGCUUCUCCACAAAACUCCAGUGAACACUCGAAUAGCAGCAAUGUAUCGGGUACAGUGGGCCUUACUCAGAUGGUAGAUUGUGACGAGCAAUCGAAGAAAAAGAAAUGUAGUGUGAAGGACGAGGAAGCUGAAAUAUGUUCUAAUAAAGCAAAAGGACUAGCAGCUGGCGGUGGCUGCGGAACAGGGUCUACAUCCAGUCUGACUGUCAAGGAAGAGCCCACUGAUGUCUUAGGCAGUUUAGUAAAUAUGAAAAAAGAAGAAAGAGAAAUUCAUUCGCCAACGAUGUCUCCUGUCGGAUUUGGUUCAAUAGGUAAUGCACAGGACCUCUCCGCUACGCCGGUCAAAAUAGAAAGAAUUUCAAGCGACAGUACCACGGAAAAAAAAACCGCCUCCUUGAUAAUGAAUAAUGAUGAAAUGGGCAUGGAUGGCUGUAAUCAGUUGAACCCCGAUUUUAUUAGUCAAUCUUUAAAUAAUCCUCCAAUUUCGAGCAUAUUAGUAAGCGGAGUAGGACAAGAACCCGGUAUCGGAGUUGGAGCUGGGGCAGGGAACUUAUUGACAGCCAACGCCAAUGGAAUCUCCCCUGGUAGCAGUAAUUGUUUGGAUUACAUGCAACAGCAAAAUCACAUUUUCGUGUUUUCAACUCAGCUGGCCAACAAAGGGGCCGAAUCUGUUUUAAGCGGUCAAUUUCAAACUAUUAUUGCGUAUCACUGCACCCAGCCAGCAACAAAAAGCUUCCUGGAAGACUUUUUUAUGAAAAAUCCUCUAAAGAUGAACAAGUUGCAGAGGCACAAUGCCUUGGGAAUGCCAUGGAUAGGCAUGGGACAAGUGGGACCAACUCCUCCUAAUUCUGUAGCAAAGAUAACACAACAGCAGCCACAUUCAAAGACCGUAGGCCUAUUGAAACCCCAAUUCAAUCAGAAUGAAAACAGCAAACGUAGUACUGCAAGUACGCCUAGCAACUCUUACGUCGACCAGUCUGAACCUAUGGGCAAUGAUACUGAACUGAUGUGCUGGGAUGGCGGAGCCCCAAACACCAGUAGGUCUGCCCAAAACUCACGAGACCAUGUAGACAGUAUUAGUACACCCAGCGAGUCACAGGCAAUAAAGAUACUGGAAGCAGCUGGCGUUGAUUUGGGAUCGGUUACAAAAGGAAGCGAUCCAUGUCUAACGCCUGAAAACAACAUUGUAUCACUGCAAGGUGUUAAGGUUCCAGACGAAAACCUUACACCACAACAGCGGCAGCAUCGGGAAGAACAGUUGGCAAAAAUAAAAAAAAUGAAUCAAUUUCUUUUUCCUGAAAAUGAAAAUUCAGUAGGAGCUAAUGUAAGCUCACAGAUACCGAAAAUUCCAGGUGAUUUAAUGAUGGGCAUGCCGAGUGGCGGAGGCGGAUCUAGUAUAAAUGCGACAAUACGUCAACUGCAUAUGACUGGUAACACUAAAUCUGACCUCUUGUCGGGGACAAGUUCGGGACUUUCGGAGGAUGUAAUGCUUCCUGGAGAUGUUAUAUCAGAUAUGGGUGCUGUAAUGGGAUGUAAUAACAGUCAGAAAAACAGCGUGCAAUGUGGAUCUGGAGUAGGAGUUGUGGCUGUCACAGGAACUACUGUAGCUGGAAUAAAUGUCAAUAUGCAUUGCUCAAGCUCCGGCGCUCCGAAUGGCAACAUGAUGGGAAGCUCAACGGAUAUGCUGGCUUCGUUUGGCAACACAAGCUGCAACGUCAUCGGAACGGCGCCAGAUAUGUCUAAGGAGGUUUUAAAUCAAGAUAGUCUAACCCAUUCACAUCAAGGGGGAGUUGCUCAAAUGGAGUGGUCAAAGAUUCAACAACAAUUUUUCGAGGAGCGUCUCAAGGGGGGCAAACCAAGACAAGUCGCCGGAAAUGUAGCACCGCAACAGCAAACUCCUUCUGCAACUGGUGGAAACUCGUCAGGCAGCCAGGUGCGAACCCUGCAAGGUCCUCCUCCUCCUUACCACUCAACCCAGCGAUCGGCGUCAGUACCCAUAGCCACUCAAUCACCUAAUCCCUCGAGUCCAAACAACCUAUCCCUGCCGUCACCGCGCACAACUGGAGCAGUCAUGGGCUUGCCAACCAACUCUCCCAGCAUGGAUGGAUCAGGAUCAUUAUCUGGAUCUGCUCCACAAGCUAAUACGUCGGCGGCUCAGGCUGGCACAACAACAGUGCUCUCAGCAAACAAAAACUGUUUUCAGGCAGACACCCCAUCGCCGUCAAAUCAAAAUCGAAGUAGAAAUACCGCAUCAUCAAGCGUUCUUACGCAUAACUUAAACAGCAACCCAAGUACCCCUCUAUCCCAUCUAUCACCAAAGGAAUUGGACUCAUUCGGUCAGUCCUCUGCUGCUGACAACAUAAAAAGUAGGCGACCAAGCCCCCAGGGUCAUCGGUCACCAGUUAAUACUCUAAUAGAGGCAAAUAAAGAUGUAAGAUUUGCUUCCUCCAGUCCUGGUGUGAUCUUUAACCCACACCCGCAUAUGCAAAGCAAUUCGAAUUCAGCAUUAAACACCUAUAAAAUAGGCCCUACCAAUAUACAGAUGGAGCGUCAAACUUCAGCACAAGGACAAUCUGUACAAUUUAGUCGGCGCUCCGAUAAUAUUCCGCUAAAUCCCAACAGCGGCAAUCGGCCGCCACCAAACAAGAUGACUCAAAACUUCGAUCCAAUCUCUUCUUUGGCACAAAUGUCCCAACAACUAACAAGUUGCGUGUCGAGCAUGGGAAGUCCAGCCGGUACUGGUGGUAUGACGAUGAUGGGCGGUCCGGGACCGUCUGACAUUAAUAUUGAGCAUGGAAUGAUUUCGGGAUUAGAUGGAUCAGGAAUAGAUGUGAUAAAUCAAAAUAACUGUCAUUCAAUGAAUGUUGUAAUGAACUCAAUGGGUCCGCGAAUGCUGAAUCCCAAAAUGUGCGUACCAGGCGGUCCAAGUGGACCGCCUGGCUUUAAUCCCAAUUCCCCCAAUGGUUUAUUAAGAGAGAAUUCCAUAGGGUCUGCUUCAAUACCUGGUUGUGGGUCAGCAAACUCUACAAAUUUUCAAGGCAUUGUGCCGCCCGGCGUCAGAAUGAUAGGUCGAAUGCCAGUCAAUUUUGGUUCGAAUUUUAAUCCUAAUAUACAGGUAAAGGCGAGUACCCCAAACACCAUACAAUACAUGCCAGUACGGGCACAGAACGCCAACAACAAUAACAACAAUGGAGCUAACAAUGUGCGAAUGCCACCUAGUCUGGAGUUUUUGCAGAGGUACGCUAACCCACAAAUGGCUGCUGUAGGCAAUGGAUCGCCGAUAUGCCCAACAUCUGGUAUCGACGGUGGUUCUGUUAUGCCCGGAAUGAUUGUGGGACCAGGAACAGGAGCGAUGCUUAUGAAUUCUUCUGGAGAUCAGCAACAAAAUAAGAUCACAAACAACCCAGGAGCAAGCAACGGCAUUAACUUCUUUCAGAAUUGCAAUCAAAUGGGUAUUAUGGACGAAGAAAGUGGAUUAGCCGGUCAUGACGGCACAAUGAAUAUUGCUCAACCAUCUAUGAUAAGGGGCAUGCGUCCACAUACCAUGCGACCACAUGCAAUGGGCCCGCGGAUGCAAGCCGUUAACAGACAAAAUCAGUAUGCGCAGUCAUCGGAUGGUGUUGACUGUGUCGGGGAUCCCUCAGCAUUUUUUAAUAACGCUACCUGCAAUAGCACUGGACCACUUAUGUUUGCAUCAUCACAACAGUCAAAUCAGCCUAAGUCACAGCACCUGAAGAACUUACCUAGUGGAAUGUGUCAAAACCAAUCUGGAUUGGCAGUGCCACAAGGGCAGAUCCAACUACAGGGGCAAGGGCAGGCGCAGGGUCAGGCUUUAAUUGGACCUACAAAUAAUAAUUUAAUGCCAACUGGCGGCAGUGCUGGUGCUUCUAACGGCGUCUCUGGCAUCAAUUUCGUUGGACCCUCCUCUACGGACCUGAAGUACGCCCAGCAAUAUCAUAGUUUUCAGCAGCAGCUAUAUGCCACCAACACCCGAAGUCAACAACAACAGCAGAUGCACCAGACCAACAUGAUAACAAUGCCGCCGAAUUUAUCCCCGAAUCCAGCGUUCUUUGUCAACAAAUAAACGUCUUGAUUUUUGCUGCCCUCGCCAUGUAUUGUUUACUAGUCUCCAAAAUAAGGAAUACAUCUCUAAAUAAGAUUUUGUUAAGCUUAUUUCCGUAGAUGUUUUUACAACGGAGAAAAUUACCAUUUGGAUAUGCAAAUGAUAACGUUGGACACAACAUAUUUUAUUUGCAACUUGUAAAAGUCACAUCUAAGUUAAAUGUAGAAUCUGUAUUUGAACAUAAAAGGUCAUCGCUCCGCGAAUAUGUACAAAUAAUUGAAAUUUUAGUUACCAGCAGCUAUUUUCUGUUAUUAUUUAAUAUGUGCGCUGCUCUCUGUGUUAAAAGAAAUUAAAUAUAUAUAUAUAUAUGUAAAGCACUUGAUAUAUAAUGCUCUCAACUUUAUUGUAAUCAAUAUUAAGAGAACUGUAAAUUCUUCCAUAAAAAAGGAAUGCAAAAACGA